GGAGGGCGGGGAGGUUUGGGAGGUGCGUGUUCUGGAGGACGAUGAGCAUGUGAUUAUCUGGCUUUGCGUGCUUGAAACAAGCUCGGUGGUGUUAUGUAGCUGGCGGCUGAUACGUGUGUGCAGUUUACAUGCAGAGCCUUAAAGCACCAGCUGCUGUUUUUUGUAACUGUGGUGCUCCGGCUGCUCGUACGUCAGCAGUUUCGGCUGUCUGACCCAAGUGUAUCGGCUGUCGUCCCGGCGUGUUUCGCAGCAUGAAGUUUCAGCCUUACGAAGCACGUUUAAUACCGUCGGACCUUCGUCACGAUGAGUGUAUUCUACAAGUGGCGGACAGUCUCGAUCACCUCAGCAAAGUCGCCAACACAAUUCUGGACGGUUUGCAGGAACGGUUGAAUGAAUACAAGAACCGCCUCCAGAGCAUUCAGAAUCGUGCAGACUUGGCAAGAGCCAAGAUUUCGGUCAUACGUGGCAGCAGCAAAGCCACAAAGGUUUUCUCCAGUUACAAGUAUCCUGCAAGUGAUCCAGAACCUGCCCAAGAGCUGCUGGCCUCUUUGCCAGCCGUGCCACUCCAGCCGACUUACUGUCGAGUGCGAAGUCAACACUUGGCCCCCGAUGAGCGACUUCUCAAGGAGAAAUUGCAGUUCUUCAACGUCCGUCCACCUGCCAAGGCUAACUCUACUGCCAUGAAGCCUGUCUGGCAGGAUGAGGAAGGCCUUGGCAGGUUGCCAGAAAGCACAGAGAGCAUUGGGAGCUUGCUUUUGUUCAACACUGGGGAAAACCCGUACACAAGGUAUGUACAGCAAGACCCCUUGGGUGGAGCCAAGCGAACAGCAACUCGGACAGAAGAGGCACCCACAGGGCCAGGGCUCCUUGGGGCAGCUCCAGCUUCCAUGAGCGGCACAGGACAACGUGGGGUACCACAGGAGGGCUUCCUGUACAGCCCAGGCAUGGGCCAGGUGCCACAAAUGGAUGCACCAGCUGCCCUUCCUCAUUUGCCAGGCAUAGCUGAUGACCUGUCCUAUUCAGAAGACUUGGGGCCGUCUAUUGCACCAUCGUGGCUUCCAGAACUGCCUGAAGUGCCGGCUGAUAGCUUUGUGGAUGUUCCACCACCCCUUCCUGAAGGGGAUGCCACUGACCUACCUCCACUAGGUACCACUUCUGAGCCAGUGGUGGAGUGUCCACCUCCCCUGGAGGCAGAUGAAGUGCCAGAGGUGCAAUCUGAAGAGGCUGUGCCCAGUCAAGAUGCCGCGAGUGUGCUAGAAUCAAGUACUAGGUCAAGCAAUGCAGAACCACAUGCAGAGUUGUCGCUGCCUGUGACAGAAGAUGGCAGUGCUCGCGCCAGCCUGCUGGAGUCUAUUCGACAGGCCGGCGGCAAGGCAGGCCUCAAGAGUGUGCGUCGUCCACAGCAGCAACGCAAGCAGGUGGCACCACCUGGUGGUGAUCUCAUGUCUGACCUGAAGAGCAAGCUGCAGCUGCGGCGCAGAGGUAUCUCGGGUGAGACAGAUCAUACAAGCAGGCCCACAACUGAAGUCACAUCGCCUUUGGACAGAGUGCUCGAGAUGAUCCCACCACCCAAGGUGGAGUCCGAGGAAGCCAGCACCACAGACACUGAAUGGAAUGACUCUGACUAAACAGCACUCCUGGGGCCGUAUUCUGAAAUGUUCACCUUCCGCGAUAAUAAACAAAUCAAUAAAUAAUCAAUAAAUAAAUAAUAAUCAUUCAAUAAAUCAAGCGACCGCUUACUCGUGACGUCAGCGUGUACUACCAACGCACAUUGUCGCUCUCUCAUGCUUCACAUGGCAUGAGAGAGCGCACCGUGCGAGCGCAGAGCAGCUCGGGUGUGUUGUUUUUGAGUGUAGUGGCCACAGUACGGGUUCUGCGCACCGACUAUGGUUGGUUACGGCCACUUUAGGCAAAAUAAAUUGAAUAGGGAAGUGUGAAAUGUUUUACUCUGACAAAUAUCACUGCGAAACAAUGCGUGUAAGAUGCCACCAGAAAGGCUACUGUAAACUACCACCUAUCUUAUCUCUACUACACUCCACCACCAACCGAAUGCCAAAAGUCAUGUUCGUUUAUUCAAUAUAUGUCAAGAGCACCCAUCGACAAAUGACGUUAAAAUGAUGUAGGCCGGAACUACUAGAUGGUGCUGAUUAUUUUCCGCUUUUGCUAAAACCGCCAAUCAGGGCGUGCCGUUGGCAGAGGUGUGACCAAGGCGAUAGUUUCGCGGAAGGCGAACGUUUCAGAAUACGGGCCCUACUUUCACCAUACCUACAGAUAUUGUACGACUUCUCUGGAAACAUUCCAAAGGAGCACGCCAACCUUUUCCUUUAUUUUUUUCCCUCCUUUCUUGUUGGGUUUAACAAAUGAAUUUGCAUCAAUCGGUGCUGUUAUACUCUGGUUGUUUUCAGGAGUCUGCAGUAGUCACCUGAAAAUAUCCUAGACUGCCGCUGCUAUUAAGAGAAGAUUUAAAAGGGUGCACAUUCGACUCUGGUAAAGCUGCUGGAAGAUGUCAUUUCGUAGAAAGAUUACUAUACUGAAGGUCAACGCAUAAAGCUUGGCCUUGUUGGUUGCUUAAGUUGUGUGAUCUAAUUAUAGCGGUAAAGAUUAAACACAUCUGUUUCAUAUUGUAUUCAGUUUUUACUGCUGUAAGCAUGUCUUGCAGCUAAGCUGGAGGAGCUGCUUGCUGUGUUGGGCUUGUGCAAUUAACAAGUGAAAUUGCAGAUUCAGGAGCUCACAACUGGGAUUUUUUGCAGGAGCCACAUGGAACUUAUCAAAACUGCUUUCGCUGAUUAGUGUUAAACUUAAAUUGCUGUUUGUGCUUUAAGUAAGCUGCUGGCAAAUGCCAUUCUGAGGAAGGACAACUGAGCUGUAGAAGCCAGUUCUGUCACUGCUGCUAUAGUACUGAAAAAUGUUAGGUUCAGUUAGAGUACACAGAACCAUCUGGUGUAAUUUUUUUCUUUUCUUCUAGAAAUGUGACUUUCACUGCAGUAGUUGCUUAAUAGUAUAAAUUGGAUUGACCCUAUUUUGCUGCCAUGAGAAACUAAACAUUGAGUGCGCAAGGGAAAAGCAAGCAAGUCUCGUAUACUUUUCUAUAAGUUUUGGUGGAAAUUAGAAGUGCCUAGUGUAUCACAACCAAAGCUGUCCUUGGUGUACAGCAUGGUUUGGUCACUUUUCCAGUUGGGGGAAUUUUUUUAGGUCUAUUGUUUCAUGUGCGUUUCGUACUGCCAUUUGACUGAAUUAAACUGCAGCCUUACAUUCA